GAGUGGGAAAGUCACAGUAAAACUCGUAGUUUCAUUAAUUAAUUGUCUACUUAGUUAAUUAUCCCGCACUGACAAGCACGAAUCGGUAAAGGCAUUGGAUAGAAAAUUAAAGUUAAUAUCAAAGAGUAUACGUAUACUCUUUGGUAAUAUCAAGAAAUUUCUAUUUCUCACAGGAUGGACCGAGUACUGCUCGUUACAAUUACAUGUAUCAGUGCCAUGGUUUCAAACAUACAUGGCGCUCUAGUUGUGAGUCCAUUUGAGGAGCGGGGUUGGGGCAAUAGCGCUUCAACUACAUCAACCGUUCCAGAGAUAUACCAAAUGAUUAUAACGUCCGAUAUCCGUAACCGCUUCGCACAUACAACCGUAACAAGCAGAGUUAAAAAUUCCCUAAACCGAGCCCAGGAAGCCGCGUUUCUUGUAGUACUACCAGAAGCCGCCUACGUGUCCGGUUUUAUUAUGGAAGUCGAAGGCAAAAAUUACACAGCCUAUGUCAAGGAGAAGGAGGAGGCUAAGCUAGCCUACGAACAGGCAUUGGCCAGAGGUCUUGGUGCAGCUCACGUGGAAGUCAGUGCGCGUGACUCUACCCGGUUCGUGAUCUCCGUAAAUAUUCAACCAAGAUCAAAAGCUGCUUUUUAUUUGACAUACGAAGAACUUUUAGACCGCAAAGAUGGUUAUUACGAGCAGAUUAUCAACAUCCAUCCAGGCCAACUCGUUAAUGAUCUUAGCGUCAAAGUUACAAUUGCCGAAAGCAGAAAAAUUACGGCAGUAAAGACUCCGCCCCUACGUUCCGGAAAUGAAAUCGGCAUGUACAGACCGGAACUGGACCCACGCGCCGAUAUAAAGAUAAUCAAUGAUACCACAGCUGUGGUGACGUUUACACCAGUUAUUGAACGACAGAAGGAGUUCGCUAUUGCAUUUAAGGCGAGAAAUUCGGACGGAAUGUCCGGACAAUUCAUAGUACAGUAUGACGUUGAGAGGGACCCAAGUGGUGGAGAGGUACUGAUUCAAGAUGGGUACUUUGUCCACUUCUUUGCACCGACAAAUUUGGAACCACUACCGAAGCACGUAGUUUUCGUGUUAGACACAAGUGGCAGCAUGUGGGGGCAAAAGAUACAACAGCUCAUUCAAGCGAUGAACAACAUUGUCGACCAAUUGCACCACAGCGACACGUUCAGUUUGGUGGAAUUUAAUACCAAGACUAAGGUGUGGGAUUUGAACCGUCCGCAAAGUAGCAGGUGGUAUCCACGUUCGAAUUUCCGACAGUACCAAGACAUCUUUACAUCGAAUGAUGUAUUUCCGAAUGCUUUUCCAGCUAAUGCGAAUUUCAUUAGAAAAGCAAAGGGGGCAAUUUCUCAGCUAACUGCCCACGGUUCAACGAGCAUGUAUGGAAGUUUACAAGUUGCUUUGCGACUAGUCGAGUUGGAAAGAAACAGGCAACGUAAUGCUAAUGACAUUCAGCGUCAACCAAUAGUUAUAUUUUUGACAGAUGGGCAACCCACAGACGCAAGCACUGAACAAAUAACUUCCAAGAUAAGUGAAUUUAACGUGGGAACAAGAAGGACGUCAAUUUUCGCUUUAUCUUUCGGCGAUGGCGCCGAUAAAGGCUUUUUGCAACGAUUUGCUUCACGCAACUCGGGAUUUGCCAAACACAUUUACGACGCCGGCGACGCAGCACUACAGCUUGAAGGCUUCUACCGAUUGGUUUCUUCUCCAUUACUAGUAAACGUUAAUUUUAAAUAUGAGUCGACUCAUGUUACCAAAAGUCAAUUUCCUAUACACUUUGGGGGCUCCGAAAUUGUAGUAGCCGGUUAUUACGGGACAAAUUUUCAUCCUCCAACAAUUGAAGGUACUGGGGCAAACGGGCUAAUUUCGCUUAAACCAGAUGUAACUACAACGACCUCAUCCAACAUGGAAAGAAUUUGGGCUUAUUUAACCAUCAAACAGUUACUUCAAAAGGCGGAUAUUUCGUAUGGCGAUAAAGCUCAAUUGAAGAAGAACGCAUUAGACAUUGCUCUUAAGUACAGUUUUGUUACACCAGUUAGCUCAUUGGUAGUAGUCAAACCGAAUGAUGCCAAGGAAAUAGACAUUGUGGAGGCCAAAGGUCCGCAUGUGCCAACAGUGGGUCCAAGAUCUUCAAACUUUGGUCAGACAGUAUCAAGAGUAUCGGGGCAUUCGGUUAGUUCCCAACCUAAAAGAGCUACUAUAAGUCAGCUAUUACGAAGCUUUAACUGGCUUAGAAACAUACUUCGGGAUGGACUGGUCAAUGUGCCUGCAGGUUCCUACAAGUUAGGUCUCAACGAAACCGUGACCGAAGACGUUCCAUGUCCAAAAGCACCCAACACUCAAGCGGGGCGAUGCACGUUACUUCAUGAGUGCCUCCAAGCCGUGCUGCGAACCGAAACUGAGUACUACGAUCACUUCUGCGUCUUGAGGAAUGAUUCUAGAUUUGCAGGUGUUUGUUGUCCAAUCUAAUUCCUUUUUUAUCCACCACAAAGUUAGGCGAAUUACAUUCGUGUGAUUAUCCCUAGUAUUUUAUGUACAUAUCGACUAUGAAAAGGUCCCCCAAUUUAAUCCCAAAUAAAUACAUUGAUCACGAAUCAUGGAAUUUGUAGGGCAUUUCCUAAAGAGUUACAUGAAGAAAAUUCCAUUGCCUGUAUCGACCGUUAGAUCCCUACCUUUUGAUUAUACAGGAUGUUCACACGUUCACAUGUUCACACUUUGUUAUUGGUCUACAGAGUGUUAAAGUUCUACCGGUACACUUUUUAAUUUAUAAGCAUAUUCAUGAUUAAAGCACAUUUUUGGUAAUACA